CCUCCUUUCCGUCCUCACCCAUGACAUUAUUUUCGGGGUUAGGCUGGUACAGGAUAGGACGGGGCACGUAGGCUACUGGUAGGCAAAAAGAAAAAAGAAAAAGAAGCGAACUUCUGUGAAGGAGUUAAAGUGUGUCAGCAAGUUUGCGGAAGCUGAAGAUGGUCCUCCUCCUCCUCCUCCUCCUCCUCCUCCUCCUCCACCACCACAUGAUCUCCUUCUGAACUUGACGCGUCCUGGAGGGUUUGCCUUUAAAAGCUGAAGAGCGGAACGGUGAACACACGGUCAGCGGCUCCGCGUCUGAUACACAUUAACUUCCACUGAGAAGUGUUUGUCUGAGGGCACAUCACCGACCAUGAGCUCCUCACGCGGCGUGGGACUUUAUUUGACGCUUUUACUCGCUCUUCUGUGCGAUGCAUCGGAAGACUCUCCUGUCCAAAGGGAAAUUACUGACACGCUGGCUGAUGAAGAUGGCCUUCAGCGAGAGUUGCCACUUACCCCUGAGGAGCUGGACUUUUUGAUGAUGCAGAGACCAAUCAUCCCUGACCUUUCCAAAGUGUUGGCUGCAGGCUCUUCAGACAUGACCCAGAGAGAAGUCACAAACUUUCACGCUGAGAAUGUCCCAAUAGGUCGCCCAGUGUUUGGCCCUCGCUCCAUGGGACCCAGGAUGGGUCCAGAGGUUGAUUUCCCCCCAGCCUUUCCAAAUACAGGCAACCUGCAAGAUAUCUGUCAGUUCAGUAAAGCUCCGCUCCGGUACCCUAAGGACAUGUUUCCUCAGGAUGGCUUUGGCCAUGAGCAUCGUCAGGCUGAUGCUAUCAAUCAACUCCAGUCCUGGUACGGUGUCUGCUGUGGCAUUGAUGGAACACCGGAAGAGCAAAUCUGUUGUGCUGAACAAGCGUGGAAGAAGAGUCUGUCUGCCUACUGUACUCAGGAAUUCUCUAUUAAGACCAGUCACUACUUCUGCUGCAAGAAGAGCGGGAAGGCCAGAUGGAGCUGUUUUGAUAAAGAGGCUUCAGAUUCUUCAUAUCACGUCUCCUCCGAGGUCUCAAAUGGCAACACUCCACAAAAGAUUCGAGGCUUCAAAUAUAACUCCAGCGCUUGCAAAGGCUCAUUGGUGGCUUCUCCAAAAGCACUUACGAAGCAGUCGGAAGUUCCAUACAUCAGCUUUCCACCUGGCCGUCCCGAUUCCUCCAACGUAGCACAUAUCUGCACUCAUCACAAGAUCCGACCACGAUACAUGCCCAAGUGUCUUCCUCGCACUGGCUACGGCUGGCUGGUCCGUCAAUCGAAGGCCAUCAAUGUCCUCGAGAGAGAAUACAGCCAGUGCUGUAAGGAGAAAAAGAGCGAACAACGCUGUGCUGAAAAGAAGUGGAAGAAGAUGGUUGAUAAGUUUUGUAAAGAUGAGAAGAAAGCCAAAGGACAGCAGUUUGAGUGUUGUGGAAAGAAGAAGGGAGAAGAGCAGUACUCCUGUUUUGCAGCUUCUGCUCCAGAUCCAGAAUAUAGAUCCACUGAUGGAGAGCUCAGCCCUUCUGCUGCUCCUCCAACCCUCGACACAUUAUGCCAUACACAUACGGCUAUCCAGAGCAUGAAGGGUUUCCCCUUUUCUGUGGAUCAAAUGGUUGAACGGUGCUGCCCUCUAGUGUUACAGGAGAGACCUGCAUGUAUAGAGGCUGAGCUGGACAGGCACCUGAAUGAUAUGUGUAAAGUGAAGGAGCUGGUGAAGCCUCAUUGUUGUGCACCCAAAAUCAAAAACCGUGUCAAAUGUGCCACAAAGCUGCUCCUGCGCUAUAUCGGCAAGGCAGAUAAAGACAGCAGGAGGAAGAACUGCCCUCAGCUUCUGUUGGUCUGAGUCAGACAGAAUCCCUGAUCUGAUCUGAUCUCUGAAUGUGGAUCCUUUUUUACAGAGCGCACACAUUUCAAUAUAUGUACACUUGAGUUGAAGCAAACCUGUACCACUUUUUGUUUGUCUUUUAAAAUGCAUUUUAUUUGUCUUUUAUGCAGUUU